AUGAUCGAUAGCGUCAGGUGUCCGUUUGAGGAGCGGAAAAAAUAUGUGGGUCGCGGCCGCACCUGCCGCCCGCCGAUGCCGGCGCGAGCUCGCUCAUUGUGCCCAAUGCGCUCAAUGGGCUCAAUGGGCUCAAUGGGCCAAUGGGCCCGUGGGUCCCUUGGGCCCGUCGCCACGCGCCCAGCGGCCGCGCUCGAACAGAUGGCGCCAAUUAGGACACAUCCAGUUUCGUUUAAU